AUGGCACGGAGGGAAGACGACUCGGCGUACACGAAUGGAUCGGUGUCGAUGAAUGAUUUUUCCGUGGAGGAUGGGAGGAAGGAAAAGGAGGUGUAUGCUGAUAAGCAGCCUGCAGACGAGGACGUCGUCUGUGGCGUGCCUGUCUCUGUUACUUUCCUUCAGAUGCUCCUCGCCGAGCUAUUCUCCACAUUCUUCCUGUUGUUCGCCGGCAUGGCCGCCAUCGUAGUGAACAGUGAGAAGGGGGGAGCGGUGACGUUCCCUGGGAUCACCGUGGUGUGGGGAAUGGCCGUCAUGGUCAUGAUCUACACCGUUGGCCACAUCUCCGGAGCGCACAUGAACCCCGCCGUCACCGUCGGCUUCGCCAUUGCCCGCCGGUUCCCCUGGAAGCGUGUGCCGGCGUACAUGGUGGUGCAGAUGGUGGCCGCGUUAAUCGCGAGCGUGAUGCUGCGGCUGAUGUUCGGCGGCAAACACGAGUUCGCCCCGGUCACGCAGCCCACGGGCUCCAACAUCCAGUCGCUCGUGGUGGAGUUCAUCACCACCUUCUACCUCGUCUUCGUCGUCAUGGCCGUGGCUACAGACGACCGAGCCGUGGGUCAGAUGGCUGGGCUGGCUGUGGGAGCAACCAUCAUGCUUAACGCGCUAUUUUCUGGGCCGGUGACCGGAGCAUCAAUGAACCCGGUAAGGAGCAUCGGGCCGGCGCUGGUGGCGGGCAAGUUCAAGUCGCUCUGGGUGUACAUCCUCGGGCCUUUCGCCGGCGGGGCAGCCGGAGCGUGGGCUUACGGCCUCAUCCGGCACAUCGGCAAGCCACAGCACGAGAUCACCAAGACCACGGACCGAUCAGGCCACUAA